GAACUGAUAAAUCACGCAUCAUAAUUACAAUUACUGCAGUAUUUACCUGAAAACCAAAAUGGCUGUUUAGAGCAUCGUGUUAAAAUCUAACAAAGAUUAAAACUGGAAUAAAAAAAAAUAAAUAAAUGAGAAAGAGGGAGAAAUAGAGAAAUACAGGGAUACAUGAUCAUACAUAUAGCCAAAAUACACCCAAUAGUCACCAUACACCGUAAAUACACCCAUAGAUGAGACCGUGGGAGGCGAAACAUUACCGUUACAAGAUUUGCUCAAAGAUCAAGAUUAAGAUUAAUGGACAAAAAUCUAAAUAAAUACACAUAGAAAGAGAGAAAGAUAAAUAGGUGUAAACACAAUCAUACAUAAAGUCAAAAUACACCCAAUACACACCAUACACCCUAAAUACGCCCAUAGAUAAGACCAUAGGAAGUUAAAAUAGCCCUCUUGCAUUAUUCGACUCAAGAUCAAGAUUAGAGAGAAAGAUAGAGAUAAAUAGAGAGCGAGAGUGAAGCGAGGCGCCACACAUACACACACGCCCACACCACGCCCCUCACACGCCCAGACACGCCCAGGGAGAGGAGGAGAGGGAGUAAGUGACAUGAGAAAUGAGAGGAAAUGGAAGCAAGGUAUAGCAACGCGCCCGCGCCCACGCCCACACACACGCCCAUUACGCCCGCAGAUGUUGGGGGCCUGCUUUCCCUCUAUGCCAAGACACCCUAUGAUUCCAGGGAGACUACGGUGAAGACGCAGCAGAUACUGAGCAGAUGUCUGGAACUUGUACAGCUCGACUACAAAUGCCUGGUGGUGCCAAAUACAAGCGGAGAAUUAUGCAGCAGUUAUCCCAGCCAACUGGUGAUUCCUGAGGUGGAGCGCAACCCCACCAACUCCACCAACACCAGCACCACUCUUGGCCCCUCCGCCCCCCAGCACCCCCCUGCCCCCCAUGCCUGCCCCCUCACCCUGGCCUCCCCCUCGCCACUCCUCCCAGCCCCCUCCUUCUCCUCUGUGGUGUCCAGAGGGGUGGCUGGUGGUGGUGGUGGCGGUGGCUCGGUGUUGGGUAAUUCUGUGGAUGGUGCAGGGCCCUCACCACCACCACCACCACCACCACCAUCAUCAUCAGCAGCAGCAGCGGAAGGUCAGACUGAGGGGUCAAGGCUUCGUGACCUCAUAUUGAAAGCCAAGUUCGCAAGAUGUCGCGCGAGGUUCCCCAUCCCUGUCAUUCUCUAUCGCGGAAAUUAUGUGUGCAGGUCCUCCACGCUGGCAGGAGGUCCGGAGAUGUACGGUCGGUCUGGCAUAGAGUACCUGCUGACGGCCGCCAUAUCGGGCAAGACUGAAGGAGAGGUGGAGGAUGAUGAGGUGACCCAAACCAACAGCGACUGGCAGCUGUUUGAUCGCGUGAGGUCACAGGACAUCCGGCUGCUGAAGUCUUGCAAUGUCGGAGUGAUAGUUGACCUCAUGGUGGAGAAGAAGAAGGUCAAGUAUGGAUUAAACGUGACGUCCUCGGAGAAGGUGGACAAGGAGAACCGAUACGGGGAGUUUAGCAUCCUGUCCCUGCCGUACCCUGGGUGUGAGUUCUUCAGGGAAUUCAGGGACAGCGGCUACACAUCUGACGGCCUGGCCAUCAACUGGAACCAGACCUUCAUGGACGCCCAGCUGGUCAUCCCAGAGAGGGCCAUGUCCAGGAGGGUUGCCACUGACUGGAACUCCUACAGGAAAUGGGACUUGGUAAGGCUGACACAGAACUACCUCCGCCUGUUGCUUACGUACAUCCACGAGGGGAGUGAGGGCCUGCUGGUACACUGCAUAUCAGGCUGGGACAGGACCCCCCUCUUCAUCUCCCUCCUGCGCCUCUCCCUGUGGGCAGACGGGCUCAUCCAUCCCUCCCUUGGCCCUGUGGAGAUUCUCUACCUGACUGUGGCCUACGAUUGGCUGCUAUUUGGCCACGACUUGAAGGACAGGCUGGCUAAGGGAGAGGAAAUCUUCUUCUUCUGCUUCGAUUUCUUGAAGUACAUUACUGCUGACGAGUUUGCUGUGGGGAAGAGUGGGUCAGACCUGGUGGACUCCGCCUGCACGGUAAAGGAGUGUGGUGGCAGCAGCAGCAGCAGCCUGGCCCAGGACCACCCCCCCACCACCCACUCCAGGCGCCCUGAGAGACUGGCCAAGGUGCGGUCAGUGUUCUACAACCAGUACGUGACAGCCAUAGGGUUCUCUGCCUGCAACGGCCGUCACGACACAGGCCUUGGCACUCUCGUCUCCAACUUUGCUCAGAAAGUCGGCAUCAGACCUGUUGCCAACCGACCCACCUAGCAGGGCGACCUUGUAUGACCUUAGGGUUGACCUUGUAUGACCUUAGGGUGACCUGGGAAUGAUUUUUGGGGUGAGAUGGGUUUUUUGGGUUUUUUAGGGUUUUG